AUGCCGCCUUCAAUGGGCGGCUGUUCGCCAAAUGGAAAUGCCACAGUCGCCACCACGUCUCAAAACCCUUGUUGGGUCGCUGAAUUCCUCGACUUCUUGUUGGUAAGACGGGGAUCCCAUCGGAGAUCCGUCAGCGACUCCACCACCUUCCUCGAGGCACCAAUGCAGGAAGAAUGCCUCGUCUCCACUGCACCUCCAGGCUCACACUCGCACUCCCACGCUAACAACAAUCACGAGUUUGAUAGGUUUGACGACGAACAGUUCAUGUCCAUGUUCACCACCGAUGAAAUCUCUGCCGCUGCCGCAACAGUAGGACCCACGGGGUCGUCGUCGAAUCCGUCCACGCCUUCCGAUCAUAACAGCAUCAAUGACGAUGAGAAAGAAACGCAGGGGAUUAAUAAGCAGCAGCAGAUUAAUAAGCAGCUAAAGAAUGAAGGAGGAAAGCCAAUGCGAACUACAAACCACAUUCAAUGGUAG